UUAAAUUAAGAUUAAGAGUAUACCAACUAUUUUAGAUUAAUAUCUAAAAUUAAUAAACAAAUGAGCUUGUGAUCUAAAAUAAAAUUGUUUAUGGCGCCAAAUUAUAAAGUUAUGAAUGAAUAACAGCUAAAACCAUUUUCAGCUUAAACCCUUAAAACCAAAGCAAAGCCUCACUCAGUCCGUACAAAUGCAGUUCUUCUCUCUCCACUCAAUCAUGGCGGCGGUUCCUUCUCCAUUCAACCUCUUCCACCCUCCAAACUCGCACAUCCCCUCUCUCCAUUCCAAGCCAAGCUCACACGUGCCGAGAUCAACACUCCCUCUCCCCCGCGUCUCCGUGCACCAAAUGUUGGUCGAAGAAGACGAGGAGGAGGACCGACACCGGAAUGAGAACGGCAACGACACGUCUUUGCGCUCAGAUGUAGACAGUGGCGGUUUCCCCCAUUUCACGGUCGGACUCCGGCGAGAUCUGUUGCCGAAGCACGUGGCGGUGAUCAUGGACGGUAACCGGAGAUGGGCCCGCCUCAGAGACUUGCCGGUUGAUUCGGGAUACGAAGCUGGUGCUCGUUCGCUGAGAGUUUUGGUCGAUGUCUGUUGCAAGUUGAGAAUUCCGGUUCUCACUGUUUUCGCAUUCUCAACAGAUAAUUGGUUUCGCCCAAAGGUGGAGAUUGAGUUUCUGAUGAGUAUGUUCGAAAAAGGAGUGAGAGAGGAAUUGGGUAGCUUUAUUAGCAGGGAAGAUGUUCAAAUUUCGUUUAUUGGAGAUACGUCUAAGCUCCCAGGUUCACUUCAGGAACUGAUAGCCAAUGUAGAGGAAAGCACAAAGAAUAAUUCUCGGCUCCAACUUGUCGUGGCAGUAAGCUAUAGUGGGCAGUAUGAUGUUGUUCAAGCUUGCAGAAAGAUUGCCUUGAAAGUCAAAGAUGGUGUUCUUAUGCCUGAGGACAUUAGCGAGUCUCUUAUUGAAGAAGAACUUGAAACCAAUUGCACCCAGUUUCCCUACCCAGAUCUGCUUAUUCGGACUAGUGGUGAGCUUAGGAUUAGCAAUUUCUUUUUGUGGCAGUUAGCAUAUACAGAACUAUUCUUUUCACAGUCCCUUUGGCCUGAUUUUGGAGAAUUUGAAUUUCUAGAGGCAUUACGAGCCUUUCAGUCUAGACAGCGGCGUUAUGGCAGAGAGAGUAAUCAGUAAUUUAAAUUUUUAGCGAGAGGAGGAAGCGAAGUUUAACAGUUUUGGAAUUGGAUGUGCCUUUAAAAGCAACAAUUUGUAGAGAAGUAAUCCAACCAUUACCAUUGGAGUGUAUCAAGUAUCUACUAAGAGAUGGUUAAAGUGUACAUAGUAUUCUACGAGUUUUACUUGCAUGGAGUAUGUUGAGUUGAUAUUUAAACAAAGUUUCACAUUAACAUUACUUGCAGCUAUACGAUUGUUUACAAUCUUGCAUCUGUUUCAAGGUUUGUGAAACUGCAAGAUUAGAUUUUGGUUGUGGGAAGAGAUCAUGCUCAUGGAAAAGAAACAUAUAUUUUCUGAUUCAACAAUGAGGAUUUUUUGCUUGUUUUCUUUUGAUCAUAGAAGCUUGAGGAAACUGGAACAACCAUGGUCAUUAGAAAAUUUUUGCAGCCAAGGCCAAUUUUCUUCAUUAGGUGAAUGAAUGCAAGUUCAAGGCACGCGAAGUUACUAUUCUUACUAUCAUUGUGUGAAGAACACAGUUUUUGCAUUCCCAUACUGCAAAUACUCUCCGCACCUAGGCCAGUUUGACAGCAGAAGAGAAAUUGCUGGCAUUAAUUCGCCUGAUUGCAUCAAUAAUGUUCUAAGGUGGGAAGCAAACAAUAAUGUCAAACUCAUUUGUAGUGUUUACUUAUUAUAGAAACUACAAUCUCCUAGAAGCAGUAGCUGAAGGGGACUACUGAAUGCAAAACUGAUGUUGAUCAUUCUCUAAGCCAUAAAGAGUCCACCUACACCAAAAGAUUAAUUCCAUCAAAACCCGCUCGAAGAGCCACGUGGUGGGCAAUGUUACUGCCAGCGAGAAUGAAAAACUCUCCCGAAAUCAACCAGGCCAGGGAGUUGACCCACUCAUUUGGGCCUUUACCGUUGGACUGGCUCAAGGCCCAUUUGAAAACGGCCCAUGAAUCAAUUGGAAGCAUCUACUAUUUCGGAGUGUAUCUCAA